UUCACCAUGGACCAGCUCAAUACCAGCUGUUUAAAACUAACUUCCUUUAUAUGGGGAUAAAUAAUUUGUUUGCUGUGUAUCGGUAAUCUUUAACGGUUUAUUAUUGGACUCGAUUUGGCGUGAUUAUUCAUUUUUGGAGCUGCCAAGCCUGGGCAGACAUUUUCCAUUUGUGUAACCUUGUGCUUGCCUGGGGAAAUCUCUCAAGGGGAGCCCGACGACACCUAAUAAGGUAGCUAGCUAGAUAGCUUAGCCACUUAUUUAAUUUAGUGAAGUUGCCACCGCUGUGGCGCUAACCUUUUUGAUAACUAGGAUCAGUUUUAAUCUUUGCACUACUUCUGUUGGAAGCGACAUCGAGCAGCGCAAAUAACUUGGGAAAGGAGGGUUUUUUUUUCAUGUCGAAGGCACCUCACAAUCUCUUAAACCCGUAACUUUGGCUGCGAACUGUCACCGUCUGGACGGGGUGGAUUGCGUUCACAGGUGGAGGAGAAGGACACGAAGGAAAAAGAGACCUUUACUGUGCGGAUGGUCCAUCGCCGGUCCCGAACCGAAGUGCGGCCUGUUGCAGUGUUCAGCCCGUGACCACUGAGCACGCCGCAUUGCCCGUGACGAUAACCCCUGAACACCACAGCGUUGGGCAUGCCUCAGCCGGGCUUAAAUGGGAUGGAGCCUGUGUUUGGCGAGGCCUACGGGAGCCACAGGUGCCUCUUGACCUCAUACCCCUCGGCGUUCUCUCCACUGGGGAGUGCCUCGGAGUAUGACCAGGGUGUGGUCCUGAUGCUGGGGUCCCCAGCCAUGCCCCGCAAGCGGCCGUUCGAGCUGCUGAGUGACCUGGUGGAUGAUGGCUUCAGCGAGGACCUCCACCACGAGUUCUGGGACAUCUCGGCGCUGGACGACCUCACCCGCUACACCAAAGGCAGCCUGGAGGGGGACCUGGCGAGCUCGGAGGGGAUGCUGAUGGCCAAGUGGAGCAGUAGGGAGGAGCUGAGGGUGCAGGUCCCCGCGGCAGGUGGGCGGGGAAGCCCGGAGACGACCAGCGUCGCCGAAGACACCGGAACCACCGCUGCCACCGCCGCCGAGCGGACCGGGCCUGCUGGGAAGGAGCCGACGCCGGCGCCGAAGACGGCGGUUGAGGAAGAGGGGGAGAAGGACGUGGAGGAAGAGGAGGUGCGACGGCAAGAGGUCGCCGACGUCCCCUCGGCAGAGGUGUUCCCGGCCCAGGAGGCCCCGCCCUCGCCGGGCCCCGCCUUGGAGCACUGCAGCGAGGAGCACAACUACUCUCUGCAGGCCGACCGACAAUCAGCUUCCAGCCAGGGCUCCGACAGCGAGACGGCCGACACCGAGGAAGAGGAGGAGGAGACGGAGGAGGCGCCCGAGGCCGAGGACUGCAGCUCGUCGGACGCCGAGUGUGACCCCGACCUGGAUGCCAGUAGCCAUGCCGAGCCCUGUGAGAGACCGCAGAAGCGCAGGUGUUUCUGGGAAUACAACCAUGGUCACGGUCACGGUCAAGGUCAGGAGGCGGGGCUUAGGAGGGCAGGCUUCAGGUGGCCCCUCCCCUGGAGCUCCAGCACCCUGCCCAGCAGCCUGUACCGGAGAGAGGGUACGUCUGGCAACGGUAAGAAAGGCCGGCGCAAGGCCCGCAAGACGGACGCCAGCGACUUGACACCCAAUCCGCAGAAGCUGUGCAACAUCGGCGAGCAGCUGCACAAGCUGAACGUGGCCAUCGAUGGCAUGCGGCACGUUAGCGACCUGCCGGUGGUGGCCCGGGCCCGCUCACGCAAGGAGAAGAACAAGCUGGCCUCCAGGGCCUGCCGCCUUAAGAAGAAAGCGCAGCAUGAAGCCAACAAGAUCAAGCUGUGGGGGCUGAACCAGGAAUACGAGAACCUGCUGGGGGCGCUGCUGCGCAUCAAGGACAUGAUCCGGCAGAGGGUGGAGAGCAGCGAGGUGGACAACGAGAGGGGGAUGACAAAAAAACUGGAGGACAUCCUCAAGGAGUCUGCCGCAGGUCCGUUGGUAGCCGGGCGGACAAAGGAGUUCGUGGAGCGGAUUUUGGAGUGCAGUGCCGCUGGAGAGGGACAAAAGGGACCCCCGGCAGAGGGCCAAUCCGUGUGACCCGCCUGCCCCACCCCCGCCCCCCACACCCUUCUCCAUCCAUCCAUCCUUCUAUCUAUCCAUCCAACCUCCCCCCUCCCCUCCUUCCAGCACUACUACUUCUACUUUUUAGUCACUCUUUCUCACACGGUUAGGGGGAGGGUAGGAGUUAGACACUGUCUGACCGAAUUUUUUUUGUUUUGUUUGUUUUUUCCCUCGCGUCUGUUUUCCCCCCGAAUUUCAGUAGCAGUAUGAAACCCUUGUCCCGAGGCUGCUCACUGCAAGCUGGCUGCUACGGUCCUUCAGUGUGUUUUUCCGUGUGUGUGUGUUUUUCUGUCUUUUUGCGUGUGGUGAGAGCGUACGUACGUGCGUGUGCGCACGUGAUGUUUUUUUUUUCCCCCCUCUUUCCCUAUACUGAGUAUUUUUAUCCUAUUGUGCCUAAAAAUAGACACUGCACUGCUUGUUGUAGCUGUUGGCUGAGGUGGAGGGGUCUGAUACAGAGGAUGUGCAGUAGAAGAGCAAUUGGGGGGAGGGGGGAGAGGGAGAGGGCACUGUGAGUGGAACAUUUUGUAAGAUUGGUGCUUCUUUCAGAGGGCACAAAGAAGCACUUUGUUGCGAACACUGGUAUUAGCGAGAUGCGAGGCACUGGCAUGCACGUAUGUGGUGGCGUUCGGUUUUUGUUUUUUUUUUUUUUUUUUAAUGGAGAUACAGGAAAAUGCUCCUCUCCCGCUGAGAGCUCUGCACAUCGCUCUGGAUAUCGACCCGGUUUUAUACCAAGGGGAUAAAACGUGUCCAUGCCUAUCGUAUGCCUUUUUUAAAAUUUGUUAAAACUGUGGUGAACUAAUGUGAACUCUGAAGAGUACAUGUACUGGAAUGUCGAAAAUGUGAAGUGGUCCCCCCCCCCCGCCCCUCUGCACUGUUUGCGAGGAAGGACAGCCCGGAGGUUGGACCAGGGCAGGGGAGAUCUGAUGUUGUAAAAGGAGAGGGGAGAGACGGAACCCCCCAACAGCAACUGGGGGGGGAUUUCACCAGGUGUUGGUCUCGACCACCUUCAGGCCUUAGGCCCAGAUCUGAUGCAGCUGCCGCGCCUCUGACUUCAGAGAAACGCUCACACUUAAACUCAUACUUUGCAGUUUUUGAUUCUUUAACCUUUUUUCCCUUUAAAUCCUGUGACCACAUUAACCGACAGUGUUGCGUGUGGAGUCAGGAAAAAAAGUAGUGUAAAGUUUCGUAAGUUUGUUACUCUGAGAGGAGGGUGGAGCGUCAUGCGGUUUGAUCUGUAGUCAGAAUCUGGGCCUGGGUUCGAGGGGUCACAGGUCAGCAUUUUUGUGUUUGGUCUUAGUCUCACUCUCUGCCCCUGUUCAGUGUCAUGUGGAACCGAGGGCAAAAUUAUCAAUGAAGAGAGGACGGUGUUACAUUGGGGGGUACAGACAUUUGUUCACAGUGUAUAACU